AUGGUGGAGAUGCUGACCUAUACGACGAGGACACAACAGGAUCGCUACCCCGCCGCACCAGGCCGCAAAAUACUCUACCACAGAUCGACCAAGCCCUCUCGAGGCCUUGAAAAUACAAUUGGUUUACCGGCGCUAUUUCCAGUCUCAACCCUUGCCGGCUCUCAAGUGGCACAUAUCGCCAGCAUGGCCGAUCCUAUCUCUAUAGUCGGUCUCAUUACGGAUGUCAGCACAAUCAUAGCGAGUUUGAUCAGUUACGCCAAAGCCGUGCAGAGUGCAAAGUCAGAUAUUCGCCAGUUAAGCGAAGAGCUCUUUGCUCUAAAAGGUAUCCUGGAGCAUUUGUCUAAAGAAGCUCCCCGAGAUGAACCUAAAUCGGAGCAGACAGAAUUGCCCGAUUCGUUCGAUCGGGAUGUUUUGAUGAGGGUAUUGCAAACGACGAAUGAAUUCCUCGAAUCUUUGCUCGCAGACCUGGAAACACCAAAGACCAAGUUCAGGCGACUGAAACAAAAGCUACAAUGGCCUUUCACCCAAGAAGAAACCAGCGAGCACUUGGCAAGACUGGAAAGGGUGAAGUCGUGGUUGAUAUUGGUCCUCACGGCGGAUCAUGUCUCGGUAGACCGGGCAUUAAACAGUGAGAUAAGUAGCUUAGCCCGCAGCUUGAAAGAAGAUUUGAGCAUUCGGCAUCAAGAGCGAAACGAGAUGGCGAAUCAGGCGCUUUUCGAGUGGAUUGCCCCUGUCAACCCGGGAAAAUCCCACUUGCGAGCAUCCAAAGUGCAAAACAUUGGCACGGGAAGGUGGUUUAUCGAUGGUUACCUGCAGGACUGGGUAUCAAGUAAAGACAACACUGAGAAGAUACAUUUCCUGGUUGGUAAAUCUGGACUUGGAAAAACCACACUCUUUGCUCAAACAGUUCAAGAGCUCACACUUGCUUCGCAACAUACUGCUCUAUACUUUGCGUACUUUUAUGUCACUAUCGGCGAUACUGCUUCUCAAGAUCCUAGAAACAUUCUGGGAUCACUGGUAGCCCAGCUUUCUGUCUACGAGCCGUUGAUGCUGGAUGAAAUCCGACAUUUAUUUAAAAGUGUCGCCCAGAAUAAAGCACACAGGCAACCUAUCGAGAUUUCAGCUCUUGAGAACGCGGUUGUCAAAUGCGCCUCUGGGACGAAACCGGUUCUUCUGCUCGUUGACGCAAUCAAUGAAAGCUCCGAGCUAGACCUCGUCGAGCCUUUGCUUUUACGACUUGCCAAAAUUUCUCCGAAUCUUCGCAUUCUUGUCACGACAACGGCUGUGUCGACCUCCACGCUCCCAGAGUACGCGAAAACGCUCAAUGUUGGCGCAGGGAUGAUGCGAGAGGAUAUCGAUACCUUCAUACAGCACCGAUUUAAACAAGACGAGACAUUGAAAAGCCUCCCACGAAAGCUGAAAGCUGAAAUUGAAAAGACCUUGCUGUACAAAGCUGAUGGAUCAUUCCGCUGGGUCCAGCUAUCACUUGACAAUCUGAGCCUACAAAGAACCGCAAGAGCAAUGCGCGAAACUCUCCAUAACUUGCCGGGAACACUGCGAGAGACCUACGUAAACACAUUGGCGAGGAUAGCUCCAGACGACCAAAUAUUUGUCCGCGAGGCUCUCUUUUGGCUAAGUUUCGUGAAAACGCCCGUCACGAUCAAUCAGCUCAAUGACGCAGUUGUAGUCGACGAGGGCUCGACAUUCUUUGACGAAGAAAUGGUGCUGUUUCCACCAAAGAUCCUCCUGAAUAUCAGCCAGGGGUUGAUAACAAUAGACGCAUCAGGAUACGUUAGCCUUGCCCACUCGUCCGUGAAGGAAUUUCUGACGUCCGAGUGGAUUCGCACAUCCAGUGUGAAAUGCUUCAGUUUGGAUCCAACGACUGCAAAUGCUACGAUCAUGCGCCGCUGUCUCACAUACUUGUGCCUCGAUAAUUUCAAAUCGGGAUACGUGCCCACUGCUGACGAAAGUUACGCACGCCUGGAAGAGUACCCAUUUUUGGAAUACGCCGCAUAUUAUUGGGCCAUACACGCCGCAGAUUGUGUGCUUGGCGAGCACGAGAGAAGUCUUGUAAAUCAUUUAUUCGAGAGCAAGAGCUUACCCUGCCGCGGAAACUUCGGCGUAUGGGUGCAAGCACUGUUACUCGAAGUUGAUAUCGAGGUAAUUGAAAAGACCCAGCCGCUGUAUUAUGCUGCAUCAUUCGGCAUGACUUCUGUCAUCAAAGCCAUGAUCAAGUCUAACUCAGGGCUUGACAUAAAUGCGCCUGGCGGUCGUACGGGAGCUACGCCUGUUUUUAUUGCCGCCUAUCGCGGAAACAUCGAGAUUGUUAAGAUCCUUCUGCUGGCAGGAGCGGAUCCAACCAUCCCAGAUCCAGAGACCAAGGCGACUGCGUUGGAUCUUAUUCCCUGGCACAUCGCGGAAUUUGAACCUUUUCGUGAUUUUCUGCCUCGUUGGUCUGCAAAAGCCCGCUUUGAACUGCAUGGCUAUGAAAACCCGGUGCCACCAAUUUUACAAGGCAAGACAGUAACUUAG